AUGAAUAUGACGACUGCUAACACCGCACGUUUAUUGAUUACUUGUGAAGACAAGCCGGGCAUCGUGCAGGCUGUUUCAAGCUUCUUGUAUCAUCAAGGUGCUAACAUUACUGCGCUUGACCAAUAUGCGACAGCAGCGCAGGGCGGACGUUAUUUCAUGCGCGUUGAAUUUGAAUUAGAUAAUCUUCAAAGUCGCAAAGAAAGCAUUAUCCAGACUUUUGCAGCGAAUGUAGCGGAACGCUAUAGCAUGCAAUGGCGUCUGGCUCUGGUCAGUGAUGUGAAGAAAGUCGGUAUUCUGGUGUCUAAGGUUGAUCAUGCUUUACUGGAACUGUUAUGGCGUCAUGCACGUGGUGGUUUACCUUGUGAAAUUACCAAAGUGGUAUCGAAUCACGAGACCUUACGCGAAGCAGUUGAAAACUUUGGUAUUCCAUUUGAAGUGGUGCCAGUAACCAAAGACAACAAGCGUGAGGCUUAUGAAGAAAUUGACCAGUUGAUGCAGGGCAAUGACCUGUUGGUACUGGCGCGUUAUAUGCAGAUUCUGGAUGAAGAGUUUGUCAGCAAGUGGGAAAUGAAAGUGAUCAAUAUCCACCAUUCAUUCCUGCCAGCUUUCGUGGGUGCCAAUCCGUACAAGCAGGCUUAUGACAAGGGUUUACGUGAACUGGGUCAGGAUGUAGAGCGUAAUGUAUUGGCCCGUGCGGUCAGAUGGCAUCUGGAAGACCGUAUUAUUGUCGAUGGUAACAAGACUGUCGUGUUCCAAUAA